UGCUGGUGAAACACGCAGUGUCGCAGGAAUCCCGGCUACCACUAGCGCAUUGUCGGUUGUACUGGCCCAGAGCGUUUUUUAUCUGGAUAGCCGCUCGGGUCCCGGAAUCGAUAUUAGAGGACGAGGCUAAAUCCUCAACGACCAUAGAAAUGGCGACCAGAGCAGCCCUCCUGGCGGCCAUUUUUCUCGCCGUCAUGCUCAUUGCCAUGGCCGACGAUGCAUUCGUCAAGAAGCAGACCACGGAAGGCAUGGUUCGCGGCAACGUGAUCCGCGCCCUGGGCAAGACUGUCGAAGAGUACCGCGGCAUUCCGUUCGCCGAGCCACCUGUAGGAAAGCUCCGGUUUCGGCCUCCAGUUCCAAAAAGACCUUGGGAGGGCACCAUGGAUGCAACCGCUGGAAACACAGCCUGUCCUCAGGUGCUGGUGGAAGGAAUCCCGCUAGGCAACCUGAGCUUCACAGAGGACUGCCUCCAGCUGAACGUAUGGGUCCCAGAGGUCGCGAUUACCCCAGGUUCGCGUCGGCCUGUACUUGUGUGGAUCCACGGAGGAGCCUUCACCUUAGGCAGCGCGAAUAUGGCGAACAGUAGCGGCGUCUUCCUCGCCGCGCUGGGCGAUGUAGUCGUCGUGUCCGUGAAUUACCGUCUUGGCAUCCUGGGCUUCAUGAACGCGAACUCUCCUGAGGCGCCAGGCAAUGUUGGCCUCCUGGAUCAGAACAUGGCUCUGAAGUGGGUGCAGCGGAACAUCGGACAUUUCGGAGGUGACCCCGAGCGAGUGACGUUGCUCGGGGAGAGCGCAGGCUCAAUGAGCGUGCACGCGCAAAUUAUGUCGCCAUUAAGCGAAGGCCUCUUCAAGAGGGCAGUUUUGAUGAGCGGUACCAUGUAUAGCUUAGACACGUGGGACACAGUUCCGGAAAGCAUGGUCAAGGCAGACAAGGUCGCUAACGCUGUUGGCUGCUCCAACGGUAGAACCAUCGAGCUGUCAUCUAAUGCGGAAGAAAUCGUGGACUGCAUGAGAAACAAAUCCGCUGAUGAGCUCGUCAUGGCUUCUAAGGAGGUGACGGUACCAAAGCUGGCCCCAUUUGCGCCUACUUAUCACAACGAGUUCCUUCCCCGAAAUCCAUUCUUGGCCCUGAAGCGUGGUUUCUUCUCAUCUGUGGACGUCUUAGCUGGCGUAACUUCAGACGAAGGAGCUGCGUUUCUCCUGUUCCCGUUGGUUCACGAGCUUUUGGUGGAAGACAUUCGAGGUUCGCCACCAGAGGAGCUUAUUAGGUCUCUUCGCAGCGCAUUAUGGCGAGUGCUUAAAGAUGACAUACCGAAUACAUUAGAAAUGUACACCGAGGAAGCACCAAAGGACGAUAACAACGCACUGAGACGCCAAUACAUCGACUACGUGUCCGACAGAUUGUUCAACUGCCCUCUGCAGUUCUUCGCGGAAAAUCACAGCCGAAGGGGCAACAAGGUUUUCACGUAUGUGUUCGCCGACAAGCCGGAGAUGUUUCCACUGCCUGGGUGGAUGGGAAUGCCCCACGGCAUCGACGUAGCCUUCAUGUUUGGUCACCUCUACGCAGCAAAUCCUGAUUCGCCAGAUGGUCGCAUCUCUGAGGUCUUUAUUAGACUGCUGGCCAGCUUCAGCGAAAACGGGAUUCCCGAACUUCCCAACAAUGAGACGUGGCCACAAUACAGCAAGGACUUGCCAAGCACAAUCGUUAUGAAGAACGGCCUAUUUAACGAGACACAGGGAUUCCGCUCAAGCUACUGUGAACGCUGGAGGCCUUUGUAUUAAAUGUGUCACUCCACAA